AUGAAGUGGAUGCAUCCAGAUUAUGUCGAGCUAUACUUUGGACCUCACAGGCAGUUUUAUGAGAUGAGUGACUUUAAUCGUGGGCUUAAAGAGAUAACUGAUUCGAAGUUGCAACGAGAAUUAACGGUACUGGAAGAUCAGGAAGGAUGCAUCAACUGCAAAUUUGGUGUUGUAUUCGCACUUUGCGAUCAGACUACAGAUGCCCAGAUGCUUAGCAAUGAACAUGGCGAUGAAGAUUUUGCUCGUUUUCUUGAAUUACUUGGAAAAACUAUAACACUGCGAAACUGGGGUAACUAUCGAGGUGGUUUGGAUACAACAACAAACAGUACUGGAACAGAAUCGGUUUUUACGUGUUUUGCGGGUCAUGAAAUAAUGUUUCACGUAUCAACAAUGCUACCGUACACCAAAGACAAUCUACAGCAAGUGGAACGUAAACGACACGUUGGGAACGAUAUAGUUAACAUUGUUUUUGUCUCCGGUGGUGACGCCGAGCAUCCUAAUUUCUCACCGGCAAUGUGGAAAUCACAAUUUACACAUGUUUUUGCUGUGGUAACUUACGAAGAAAAAACGAACGCCUACAGGUUAUGGGUACACUCGGAGGAAACAGUGCCAGCGUUUGGACCUGCUCUACCAUAUCCAAAUGUUUUUGCAGACCACCAAAAAUUUCUGAUAAAUGCUGAGAAAGCCGCACAUCAAGCACGCGUUUUUGUCGAAAAACGUAUUAGGACACUGGAUGUCUUGUUAAAGGAUAUGUAUAUGGAACAUCUAAAAGAGAACAAUAAAGGCUUUCGUAAGGUGACAGAUAUUGUCAUUAAACAUCUAAGAAGUCCAGCCAAAAAAAGUACUUCAAAAGAAAUGGUUGAAUUCUGCAAAUACGGUGAGCUAGUUAAACUGGAAAAAAUGCUUAGCGGCGAUAUAUCGAACAGCAUUCGGAUGUCGAUAGGUAGUAAGCAGCCAUGGGAACCAGAAUUAGUAUUCCAAAAUUCACUUUCUUGGGAUGCAAUUGGAUCUGACGCAUGGGGAACCAGUGCUGUACUAAUUGCAACUGAAGAUACCGGGGUUAUCUUUGAAUGUGAAGGCCUGUCCGUGCCCAUCAUUGAAGCUCGAGCUAAGGUCAUGCAAUUAGCUGUUCGGGAACAUUUUGGACUUUUCCUUGCUCGGACAGACAAAGGGAAGGAAUCAAGUCUGAUCGUGUUAGCAUUAACUGACCUAAGGUUAGCCAUGCAAACCGGCGAUCUGAUCUUGAGGAAAACCUGCAUAGAACACCGGAUAGCAGCUUCCAAAGGUUGUCAUUUGUUUGAAACAAGCGACCCAAACGGACUUCGACUCUAUGUUGUUAUAUGUAUAGGCAAAAGUUUAACUCUUUUACGGUGGGCUUUUGGGCCACUGGGAAGAAUAGAAGCAGGGACAGAUCUUACCAAUAAUUUUAACGCUCUUAAGACUGUCCUUCUAAACGAAGAAACUACAGCAAUAUCGGUAUACGAGCGUGGAUGCACACAGUGUACUGUUCAUACAGUUGCUUUCACAAAGGCUGGUAUUGCCAUGGUAGACUUUUGUUCUGACACCGUUCAAUACUUAUGUUACGAGGUACCAAAAGCCACAAUCACUUCACUCUAUGCCACUUCUGACGGACAAGUCGACGAAAUCAUUUUCUCACACAAAAAUAUAACCGUCACUUUGGAGACACCUGGUAAUGGUAAAUGCAACGUCCACGAGACGUUUUGGUCCUCUGCUCUUUUGGCAUUUGUCUGCCAAUUCCCGUUUAUUGUUGGCUUUGGUCAGAACCACAUGGAAGUACGCUUAUCAGUGAAUGGCAACUUGCUGUAUUCGAUGUACAUGCCAGAUGUUCGCGUCCUCUCUAAAAAAGAUGACAUCUUGUUCGCAGUAGAUCAUCCAACCAGUCCAACUGCAACAACCGCCACAACUGGACUUCCAAACAGCACCAAAGCACUUCACGCAUCACUAAAAAAGAAAGAACCAAAAGAGCAGCACUCAGCAACAAUUAAAAGGUGGUGCAUUUAUCGAAUCAGCAGUACAGCCAUGCGUGUGAACGAAGCUAGAAAUGUUCGAGAACGUGCACUGGGAGGUCUAACUCCUCAGCUCCUUAGGAAGUUCAAAACAAAUGCUGAAACAGAUUCUACAUUUGACCAUCAACUAGAAAAUUCUUCAAGACGCAUCUGUUCAACAGCGUCGGACACAACAUGUGGCAGUGGUAAAUAUACAGGAUACUCUGGGCCUGACUCACCCUCUCUGGUUGUAACAUUUGAUACUUCUUUAGAUGAUGAUGUUUUGGUGUAG